AUGGAAGGAUCAUUAGUUGGAGUGGAAAGAGACACUUAUCAAGAAAUUUAUGACUUGUACAGUCUACAUGCUUCUACAGUGGGAUUUUCAAUAAGAAAGCAUACAACAAGGUAUCGCUUACACACACGUAUAGUCACAGAGAAGUACUAUGUGUGUUCUGCGGAAGGAAAAAGACAUACUGCUGCAAAGAAGACAAAUAUGGUUCUAAUGGUUGAUGAAGAUAACAAGGAUUUAAAACAAAGAAAACCACGACAAGUCUCCAUUACAAGAACUAACUGCAAGGCAAGCCUAAGAGCAAAAAUGAAUGAUGAUGGAAAAUUUAAGGUGGUGUCACAUGUGUUACAGCAUACUCAUGAACUAACUAGAAAGCAGUGGCAUUAUUUGCAUCGAUCUGAGAGAGAAGUAACAAUAGAAAAGGCAGAAGCAAUUAAAACAAUGAAAUCUGCUGGACUUUCAACAAUGGACACAUAUAAUUACAUCUGUACAGAAGCUAAUGGAGAAGAAAACUUGGGGCAUAGUGUUGUAGAUCACCUCAAUUUCUGCUCAAGACUAAGAAUGGAACAAAUAGAGGCUGGAGAUGCUCAGACAUUAGUGAAUAUUCUGAUCGAAGAACAAAAAGAAGAUCCUAACUUCUAUUUUAGAGUGAAAUUCGACAAAGAAGGUAGAAUUUCCAACAUUUUUUGGAGAGAUGCAAUGAUGUUAGAGGAUUACAAAAUAUACAGAGAUGUUCUUGUAUUUGAUACAACAUACAGAGCAAAUCGGUAUAACCUUAUAUGUGCUCCUUUUGUUGGAAUAGAUAACCAUUGGAAAAAUUGUAUGUUUGCAUGUGCUUUCAUAGGCAAUGAAAAAACAGAGUCGUUUGUGUGGUUGCUUGAAACCUUUAAAAAAUCUAUGGAGAAUAGAAUUCCAACCUCCAUAUUCACUGACCAAGACCAAGCUAUGGCUACUGCAAUUGAGCAGGUAUUGCCAGACACAAGGCAUAGGCUAUGCAUAUGGCACUUAGAACAAAAUGCAAUAACACGAUUUGGAGCCCUUAAAAGGGAUAAUGAGUUCAAAAAAAUAUUCAACAAAUGCUUGAAGGGAUGUGUGACAGAAACAGAAUUUGAAGAAAGAUGGAAAGAAAUGAUACAAAAAUUUGAUUUGGUUAAUCAUGCAUGGUACCAAAGGGUGUACAAUCUAAAGGAAAAGUGGUGUCCACCAUUUAGUAAAGAUUUCUUCUCGGCAGGAAUUCUUUCAUCACAAAGAAGUGAAAGUACGAACCAUGCAGUAGGAUUCAGAGCUAAUAAAUCAACAACACUGACAAAAUUCUAUAGAAUCCUUGUAAGAAACAUAAAAAGAUGGAGAAGUGAUGAGAAGUAUAAUGAGUUUACCUGUAGCAAAUCAAUAGCCUUUACUUCAUUGCCACUAUCCGGAAUGCUAAAGCAUGUUGCUCAGAGACUUUGA